AUGGCCCUUCAACACCCCUCCCAAACAACAUCACUCAUCCCAUCGCCACCCCAACCCUCCUCCUCAUCUCCAUCACAAACAACAACACCCCUCUUCACCUACCCCCCCGAAAUCCGCAACCUAAUCUACAAAUGGACAUUCAUAACCUCCCGUCUUCACCCCCCGGAAUACAACAUCCCGGACUUCGUCAUCCACGGAACACGCUCUCCCACCUCCAACCACCCCGGCUUCAUCCGCUGGUCCAACAUCCCUUCCUUCCCUUUGCUCUUAACCAGUAAACGGGUGUUUCUAGAAGCGCUGCCCGUGAUUUCUGCGCAGGCGUAUAUGGAAGUGAAGAUUUACACUGAUGACCGGUUGAGUCGGCGGGAGAGGAAGGCGUGGGCGGUGUAUAGUACGUUGUUGAGGACGCGGGCGCUGUGUCAGGAUGUGAGGAAGAUUGUACUAAACCUCACGCCUGUGGAUAUGGACGUUGAAUUCUGUUUCCAGGGGACGCCAGACGCGCAGAUCGUGCGAUUAGGGAAGUUAUUGCAGACGUAUGAGCGGUUGAAGGAGUUAACGCUGGUGAUUCGCACGGGGUGUUUGGUGAUGGAUGUGCACAGUUGGGAUGUAUUGGGGGAGCAUCUUUUUGUGUUGGCUGAUAAGAAGGGGAGGGGCGUGAGUUUGUGUGUGGAGUUGGUGGAUUAUGAGAUGAGUAUUGAUGAGGAGGAGGGGUAUGAUUAUGAGGAGAUGGAGGAGAUGAAGGAGGAGAGGGAGUUUGCGGAGAAGGUUGUUAAUAGUACGGUGGAGAGGUUUUGUGGAAAGGGUUCUGAUGUUUGGGUUGAGUGGACUUUCUUGCCAGAUAUAGUCGAUUACUAG